AUGACAACUACAAUAACUUUUCAAACUCAUAAUAAAAUAAAUGAUGAUAUUCGACCACCUCCAACAGCAUAUAUAAAGACGGUUUAUCUAAAUUAUGAAAGGUUGACACCGAUCAAAAGCGUUCAUUUGGAUUUGAUUGGUAUUGAGAAAACUUGUUGGUCCAAUGUUCACGGUAGAUCGAAAACUGUUUAUAAUGGUGAAGAAGUUUUGGAAAAUCAUUUUUCUACAGAAUUGGGAUCUGUGAAUUAUAUUCUUAGAGCCACUGCAGUUGAGAUUUUGUGCCCGUUGAAAAGAACUUUAAUUCUUGAUAAUGAAGAUAAAAAUAACAUUAUUCAUUAUAAUCUGAAAGGAAAAACCAAAAAUGGAGAUAUUGAAUAUGAUUUUAUGCUACCACCGAAUAAAAUUUUAAAUAUCGAUCGAGUAGAGAUAUUUUUGGAGACAAAUAUGGAAUUUCGCAAUAAACAAACAACUGACAAACAUGAAUAUGAAGCAGGAUGUUUUCAUGAAAUUGAAUUUUUCAUUCCAAAUAAUAUUUUACCAACAUAUUUUGGUAAAUUUAUAACAAUAUCACAUAAAUUAUGUUUUAAAUUGUGCUUGUGGGGUGAUUCAGAUUUAUUAAUUAAAGAAGAUGUAAAGGUUGCAAAUAUAAUUAACAAAAUCAAAGUUGAUUUGCCAUUACCACCUUCACCAGCACAAUCACCAAAUGAUGACAUUAAUAGUAAUUUUCUCUUUGCCAAGAAAAGCAUAACACAAAGUCAAAUUGAAGAUUGUUUCGUCAAUUUUAAAGGAAAUGAAUGA